AUGUCCAAGGAGCUUACGGCCAACAAACGUUUCGCGUGUUCAUUUUGCGACACCAGAUUUACAAGGAAGGAACAUCAAUUACGCCAUGAACAUUCUCACACCCAGCGAGACUAUUUCAGCUGUUCUCACUGCACCUGCUCGUUCCUCCGCAAGGACGUCCUGAGGCGGCACGAAAGAUCUGUCCAUGGGGCCGCAAAGAAAACGGACAAGCGGCCUGUCCCCAACCUUGAGACUGGCAAACAUCGACGAGCACGGCGCCGUCAAGCGCCAUCAUCAGCUGCAGACAUUGGGAGCCCUGGCUCGGGUCUGGAUGCGCCGAUCUCCAGCUGGAACAGUACGGUUGCUCCUAACCUCCAGACACACAUAGAAUGCCCUUCAUAUCAGACGUACUCCCAACACAACACAUCCCUUCCCAACUCCUGCAGCGGUACCAUCACUCAGUCGAGUGAUAUUUCCCCUCAAUGCGGGAGGGAGCACGUUGUAGCCCUGACCGGUGUCGAUGCUCGAUCCCUGGCAGCACAAAUGGAGAACUCCGUCGUCGGUGCUGCGGUCGACUUAAAUGGCGCAACCCAUGAUGAUUUCGUAAGUACGUCUGCUAAUAACAUUCUCGACCACGGUGCAACAUUGCCUUCUUUGUUUGUUGCUCCGAGUCUGAGCGACAGCGGCGACCAUGCCUUCGAUCCCACUUGGUUUCAACUUGGCUGGAUAGAUGAUGUUGUUCCAAAUCCCUCCGGCAACUCGGCCCGGAGUCCUACGAACACGCCGGUCGCACUCAGCGCUGUGACUGAUACUUCUGCAAAGCUUGUCGAGCUGAUUGAGAACUUUUCAGAGGGUCAAAUGCAUCUCCCGUGCAACCCCCUUCUUGCAGACUUGAUCAUUGCUAAGCUUCAGAGCGCCACCGCCACGUCGUUGCACGAUGAAAGCAGCAGGCUGCCGGCCAAACUCAAAUGCCAACGCUACUUCCGGUGCUAUUUUCAGGUAUUUCAGACUCACAUCCCUUUGAUUCACGCGCCAAUGUUCGACCCCGAUGACGCUUCUCUCGCGCUUCUUCUGGUCAUGCUUGCCAUUGGCGCACUUUAUUCGUUCGACCGCAAGGAAGCCAAAAUCUUGUAUGGUUUAGCCGAGACCAUCUAUCCCUCUGAGCAGCACAACAUCCCAUCCACACAACACCUCCAGGUCUUGCUGUUACUCAGUUGCUUCUCUUCGUGGUCAGAGAACGCAAACAUGAGAGCUUCUGGUAUCGAGUACCAACAACGGCUCGCAGAUGAAUUGAGCCUUCACCACGGCGACCUCCAAUCUUCUUCAUCGAUCGACUGGAGUGGCUGGAUCAGUCUUGAAGCAAGGAAACGUACGGUGAUAUUUGCGAUGCACCUGCUCGCUUUGACUGGGGCCUCUUCCCUCUCGACGGAGAUUGCCUUCCGAAAUGAUAUCGCAUUCGAGAUGCCAUACGAAGAAACCCUCUGGCAGAGCUCGAGUGGCGAGGAUUGGAUGUCACUAUACGCCUCAGCGCCUGUACCGCCGUCAUCACGAGAGGCGCUGCAGAACCUCUUCGACAGCUCAGGAUCAUCGGUCCAAACGUAUAGUGUGCUCGGGCAUCUCGCAUUGAUGGUCUCCCUGCACACUCUAUCAUGCCAUUACAGGGCCUUAUCAACAUAUCUUCCGCCGCUCGUCGCGACUCAAGUCCUCCAAUCAUUUCACGCAGCUAUGGAUCGGUGGUUGACGUCGUUGAAAGCAUUAUCCUUAUCGGCCGGGGGCUUGCUCCUGGUGAAUCCUUCACUGGCCAGUUCAGCCGUCAUCUUGUGGGAGGCCAACUGUAUCCAGCUGCAUGGAGACGCAUCCGCGCUCGCGAACAUCAAGGCCACUGCUCUGGCUGUCUUCAAGGAUCAGCCGACCAUCCCUGCCCUCUUCGAAAGGGUGGCCCGUUCUUCAGAUAUGGCGACCGCGGUGCGGCAUGCUUUAUGCUUUCUCCGCGGUCCUAUCGCGGUUGGCAUUCGGUUUAUGAAAACCACUGGUGGCGCCCAUACCAGCAUUUGCCACUUCUUGCUUGGGUUCCAGUGUAUAAUUUUCCUUGCCAGGUGGUUGUACACUAUUGAAUGCAUCGUGGAUGCAGGGGAACCUGUCACCGAGCAAGAGCAAAGCCUUUUGAAGACGGUAGACUGGUUGCUUGAGGACUCUGGCAUCCAAGGUAUCAGCCAUAUCCCUCGAAGCAAAGCUACCGCCGCUGUCUGGGCAGAGAUUCUCGGCUCACCGAACUUGGUUUGGGGUGUCGGGGAACCUGCGGGAGAUUACCUGGCGAGCAAUCUGACACCUUGGUGA